GAUAAUUUUCUAAACAAAUUCUAUUAAGUUCCUGUGAAUAAAUCCAAUAGGGCAUGAAACUAAGGAAAGUUACAGGAUGUGAAGGUCACAUGUGAAGCCAUAAAAGUUCAUACUAAAAAAAUUAUGGGCGUAGUCACUGGUCACCCAUCAUGUGUACCUUUCAUUUAAAAAAAACCAGUCACCUCCCUCCCCACCCACAACCUCAUCUCCACCAUAAACAAAUCCAAAAACAAACCCAAAUCUAAAAUUCCAUUUCUCUCUGCAAAAACAUCAUGGCCUAGCUGUUCUUGGAUCCGGAGAUUCUGGGUCUUUCAAUUUAUUAUAUACCUCCCUAACUUAAAAACCAUAGCCCACCAAGCAUGAUUUGGUUUUUCUCUCAUUGUUCCUCCUCCCUAGACUCAAACACCUUCUUUUCUGUGUCAUUGGAGUUUGUAGCAUAGCAGUUGGAAUGCCUGUUAAUCCAUGGACACUCUUCUUCUCCCUCCUAGCUUUCUCUUUUUCACUUUUUGUACCUGUUUUUGCCGUCAAUCAACAAGGCGAAUCGCUUCUCUUUUGGAAGAGAAGCUUGAACGGGUCGUUGGAGGCGUUGAGUAAUUGGGAUUUCACGGAUGAGACUCCAUGUGGGUGGUUUGGCAUCUCUUGCAACUUUAAUAAGGAAGUUGUGGAGUUGAAUUUGAGGUAUGUGGAUUUGCUAGGAAGCGUUCCUUACAAUUUCAGCUCACUGUUGUCAUUGAAUAAGCUCGUGCUCUCGGGGACCAACCUCUCGGGUUCAAUCCCGAGAGAGAUUGGUUCUCUUCAGGAACUGACUUACUUAGACUUGAGUGACAAUGCAUUAACUGGUGAAAUCCCAAGUGAAAUCUGUCACUUGCCAAAGCUUGAACAACUUUUUCUCAACUCAAAUCGACUUGAAGGAUCAAUCCCAGAUGAAGUUGGAAACCUCACAAGCUUGCAGUGGCUGACAGUCUAUGACAACCAACUCAGUGGUGGAAUUCCAAGCACAAUAGGGAACUUGAACAAUCUUGAAGUGAUUAGAGGUGGUGGAAACAAGAACCUUGAAGGCUCAAUACCUCAAGAAAUAGGGAACUGCACCAAUUUGGUCGUGUUAGGCCUGGCAGAGACUAGCAUCUCAGGGUUCCUACCACCCUCCCUUGGCCGCCUGAAAAAACUUGAGACCAUCGCCAUUUACACCACCCUCCUCUCUGGCCAAAUCCCUCCGGAGGUCGGUGACUGCACCGCCCUUCAGAACAUCUACCUAUACGAAAAUUCCCUAACCGGCUCAAUUCCGAACCGGUUAGGGAACCUUCAAAACCUCCAGAACCUCUUGCUCUGGAAGAACAACUUGGUAGGUACUAUUCCACCAGAGCUUGGGAACUGCAUACAACUUCUUCUCAUUGAUAUAUCAAUGAAUUCAUUGACUGGCUCCAUUCCCACCACAUUUGGGAAUUUGACGUCAUUGCAAGAAUUUCAGUUGAGCGUCAAUCAAAUCUCGGGUCCAAUCCCAACACAGCUUGGAAAUUGUCCUAGUCUCAAUCACAUCGAGCUUGACAACAAUCAAAUCACCGGUACAAUUCCAUCGGAAUUCGGAAAAUUAACGAAUCUGACGAUGUUGUUCUUGUGGCAGAAUCGUCUGGAAGGGGAUAUUCCUCCUUCAUUGUCGUCCUGUCAAAGCCUCGAGGCCAUUGAUCUGUCGCAGAAUUCACUAACAGGCCCGAUUCCAAAAGGUAUAUUCGAGUUACAGAAGUUAAACAAGUUGUUGUUGUUGUCAAACAAUUUGUCCGGCGAAAUUGCGCCGGAGAUCGGACUGUGCUCUUCGUUGAUUCGAUUCAGAGCCAGUGACAACAAGCUGACUGGAUCGAUUCCGCCAGAGAUUGGUAAUUUGAAGAAUUUGAACUUUCUGGAUCUCGGAUCGAACCGGCUCACCGGAAUCAUACCGGUGGAGAUCUCCGGAUGCCGGAAUCUCACAUUUUUGGAUCUUCAUUCGAAUUCAAUUGCCGGUAGCUUGCCGGAGAAUUUGAAUCAGCUUGUUUCCCUCCAAUUCGUUGAUUUCUCAGACAAUCAGAUUGAAGGUACGUUGAGUCCGAAUCUCGGCUCACUGAGUUCUCUCACUAAACUCAUCCUCGGGAAGAACAAGUUUUCCGGCCAAAUUCCAACUCAACUCGGUUCAUGUUCGAAGCUUCAGUUACUUGAUUUGAGUAGCAAUGAACUUUCCGGUCAGAUUCCGGCGAGUGUGGGUAAUAUUCCAGCAUUGGAAAUUGCUCUGAAUCUCAGCUGGAAUAGUCUCUCAGGCGCAAUUCCGGCGGAGUUCACGGCAUUGGACAAGCUCGGAGUUUUGGACCUCUCUCACAAUCAACUCUCUGGUGACCUUCAUUUUCUCGCGGACCUUCAGAAUCUCGUGGUGCUCAAUAUAUCGUACAACAAUUUCUCGGGUCACCUGCCUGACACCUCAUUCUUUGCAAAACUGCCAAUCAGCGAUCGAGCUGGCAAUCCGGAGUUAUGCUUUUCAGGCAAGCAGUGCCCCACCAACGGUGGUGGAGACACCAGGCAUAGCAAGGCAGCGAGGCUGGCGAUGGUGGUGCUCCUCUGUGCCGCAUGUGCACUACUACUAGCUGCGCUUUACAUCAUCAUUGGAGGAAAGAUACGGGACCAUAGGUCCCUCGAGCGUCAUCUAGACGGGGAGGAUGACGUGGAGAUGGGUCCAGCGUGGGAGGUCACGUUGUACCAAAAGCUCGACUUAUCAAUUGUUGACGUGGCAAAAUGCUUGACACCCAGUAAUGUGAUUGGGUGUGGUCGUUCAGGCAUUGUCUAUCGGACAAAUAUUUCAUCCGGAUUGAUAAUUGCCGUUAAGAGAUUCAAGGCGUCGGAGAAGUUCUCGGCAUCGGCAUUUUCAUCGGAGAUUGCCACGUUAGCAAGGAUUAGACACCGGAACAUUGUUCGAUUAUUGGGUUGGGGUGCCAAUAGAAAGACUAAGCUAUUGUUUUAUGAUUAUUUGCCUAAUGGGACAUUAGGGGAAUUGUUACAUGAAAGUUGCGGAGGUCUAUUGGAGUGGGAGACACGAUUUAAGAUUGCAUUAGGCGUUGCAGAGGGCUUGGCUUACUUGCACCACGACUGCGUGCCACCGAUCCUCCACCGGGAUGUGAAAGCCCACAACAUUUUGCUCGGGGAUCGAUACGAACCAUGUUUGGCAGAUUUUGGGCUUGCUAGGCUUGUCGAGGAUGAAAAUGGUUCAUUUUCAGCAAACCCACAGUUUGCUGGUUCUUAUGGCUACAUGGCACCAGAAUGCGCUUGCUCGCUAAAAAUCACCGAAAAGAGUGAUGUCUAUAGUUAUGGAGUAGUUCUAUUAGAGAUCAUCACCGGGAAGAAACCGGUCGAUCAAUCGUUCCCCGAUGGACAACACGUUAUUCAAUGGGUUCGCGAUCACCUGAGAAGCAAGAAAGACCCGGUUGACAUCGUUGAUCCAAAGCUCCAAGGCCAUCCUGAUACACAAAUUCAAGAAAUGCUACAAGCACUCGGAAUAUCCCUACUCUGCACUAGCAACCGUGUAGUAGAUCGCCCGACGAUGAAGGAUGUUGUGGCAUUAUUGAGAGAGAUUCGACACGAGGCCGCCACAGGAACCGAGGCUCACAAGCCUGCCAACAAUUGUUCAAAAAAUUCUGAAGUUCCGUCGUACUCGUCCUCAUCAGUAACCCCUGCUCAAUUGCUGCUCCUCCAAGGUUCAUCUAAUUGUUCUCUUGCUUACUCCUCUUCUUCAGCUAGUUACUCUCCUAGGAAUCAAUAAUGUUCGUAUGGUGCAAUGAGGAGGUAUUCAGUAUAGGGGUACAAUGCUAGAGUGUCACUGUAAAGAAAUAGGAAGUGGUUUUAGUUAGCUUGAGAGGUUGGAUCUAAGGCAAUAUCAAGUAUUCAUUCAUCUAAGCAACAAAAAAAGCUUAUUCCAAUUACAAGUAAAAUUACCUACAAUUUAUCUAGACUUGUAAUCGGAGUGCGAUUGUUUCAGUUAACUGGACAACAAGACGGGUUUAGUGAGUGUAUAACAACG